AUGUACGUGUUAGUAUUGAGCUGUGUUUAUGUUGGUCUCGUUGGAGCAUAUCAUAGAAUGGCACCACACUAUUCACGUAACAAGGGUUCCCUGAGAAAUGUCAGAACGUUGAACUUAACUGAGACUUUCUUUUCCUCGCUCCAAAAUUAUGCAGUGAACGCGAAGCCGGCAAACGAAACAACGUACCCUUGGAUAGCCCGCGUCGUACACUCCACUACCAGAGACGUGCCGCAUGUUUGUACAGCGUCAUGCAUCGACGCAGCCAUAUUCAUAACUGCAGCGAGAUGUCUCUUCGUUUUGAAGGUCAACUAUACUACAAUAAUAUACAGAUCGAAACGUCUGCGUGCUUUGGCGUUUGUCUUACCCUCAGAACCAAGUAAACAAGCCUUUGAUGACAUAGGCUUGAUAGUAGUUAAGAGAAAAAACGUGAUAGGAACCUGGUCAGUGAUUGAACUCUUUACCAACGUGAACAGGACGGAUGAUGCGUUUACCUGGUUCGGCAAUUUGGACUAUUUAUUUGGGAGUGUUAACACUAAAGUCCUGGGAUACUCUACGAAGAAGAAUCUCAUAUUAACACCAGAGCAGCACUACAAUCUGACAGAACUAGGCGUGGUCAUUGGUUUGGACAUAUGCGCAAGUGUUUUAUCAAACUCUGUAAACGGCUCCAUGGGAUACACAGUACCUUGCUACCAUUCCUGUACCUUCGGCCAGAUGUUGAGAAACAAUGCAAUAUGUGAUAGCUACCACGGCGUCGAAGGUGGCGCCAUCUUUGAUACCAUAACCAAUAAACUAAUGGGUGUUGCCACGUGGGGUACUUAUUACCCGCAACACGAGUUACCUGUUGGAUUCGCGUUUGCUAAUUCAGAUCACUUUUACAAGGAUUUUAGUUGCGCAAAAAGAAUACGCAACGAUAAUGGAUUGUUGGUCACAAAGGGGUAUUAUCAGAGCAUUUGUGAGGCGAAAUAA